AUGAUGAUGGAAGCUGUGGGACAACAAUGCCAUGGAAGUCUGGUCGCUUUCGAAGGUCCGGCCGACAUUGUGUCAACACAACUUGGACUCCUCCCCACAUGCUCACAAGUCCUGAUCUUACCCAGUGUGCAACACUACAUGACAGGAGACAGCAACACCAAGACCCGUUUCAGCGCUCGAUCCUACGUCAAAGACGUCCAUGAGGCGGCCCUGGUGCGUCGCGACGUUGCUCUGCAGUUUCUCAACGAACUAGGCAGGGACAACAAGACGAGGCUAGUGUUCCUCCACGGGGGAACUGCCAGCGCGGUGGCGCAGUGUAUCUCGGUCAUCAACGAGCGACAAACAUUCGGUGACAUCCACAGGGCGGAGUCGAUAUUCAGGGACGUUGUGAGGGAUGGCACCAAAGGCUUGGACCUGGAGGAGAAGCACGUGAACCAGGAAGCCCUGGAUCUGCUGGAUAGCGAGCGGGACAGAGAGGCCAUGCUGCGGGAAGAGGAUGAUGAUGAUGAGGAUCCCAUCACCAGGGCAAUGAGGGCCGCCGAUGUUCUCUAUCAGGAGACCGAGUCACUCCAACCGAUCGACUGCUACAUCAGGACACGACCGCGGAGCUUGAGCCUGCCGAUGCUCGCUUUCUCGGACGACCCGGGCGAGGACUCACCAUUCUUUGUCUUCGGAGCGCCACCAGACGAGGAAGACAGCAUCCUCUAUGACAUGGACGAGGAGGAACUGGCCAGCCAGCCCAAGGAGGAAGCCACGAGACAGCAUGAAACGCAGCAGCAGCAUACUACGUCGAGAGACCAGCAAGGCACUCCUCCGAGGUUAAGAGUGUCGGUGCCCAACCGACUUGUAGGCUCAGCGGUCGAGUCUGGCACCAACGAACGCAGCCCCGAGAGUCGAUCGGCCCCUCGUCCUCUCUCGCUGGCCACCGAUAACUACAUGUCGCCUCCUGCUACGCCGGAUGGUGUGGUCUACGGCGAAGCGAGACUCGUACAAAUGCAAGCCUCCAAAUCGCACAGAUCGACCAGGAAAACACGAUCACUCGAUGACCUGGCACUGGACCACGCGCUUCACCGCAGGGCAGCCAUCACCAUGGGUAUUUCACCUCCGAAGAACAGCGCGUCGCCACUGGACAGUCCUGAGGCCAAGAGUAGGCACUGGUCGAUUGUGGAAGACCCUUACUCUAGCAACAACCUUCUCCACCUACCCGACGUCCAGUUUGUCAAGGCACACACGACGACGAUUCGAAAAUCCCCGACCUUUACCGAAAGCCUUCCCAGACCUGCGAGGGAGAUUUAUAAUAAUCACCAGGGGAGUGACGCUGCGGCGAGAUCCGAUGAGCAGCAGGACGAGUCCUAUGGAGUUCUGCAGCCUGUGCUGCCGCUUCAUGAAGAUCUCGUCAUCCACUUCACUGGCGAGGGAUCUGAUUAUGUCCUAGACUCCAUCAUCCACCUGUUCAGAGACGACGCCUCCUACCCACGCACAGUCACGUCGCCUUACUCAUUCGGGACAAUGGAUGAGGAUUCAUAUCCAUCCACACCUCGGACGGUGGAUCUCUUCGACCUGGAGGACAACCAGAUUGGGUUGUCUCCAGUAGCUGAGGUGCCUUCUUCGGACGAGGCAUCAGACUAUGGCCCAUCUGCAGCUCGUGGGAACCACGACGUCCGCGCCGCCUCCAACGCGGUAUUACAACCAUUAAAGCCGCCGCCGCCUCCGCCGCCUCUGGACACCCAGCAACAGCCCUCGACUCCGGCGCAGACCCCAAUAUCUCCAGUCGCCAGACAGACGAACACAAAUUUUCAUGACUUGUCCUUCAACAGUCAUCCCAACGCUGUUGCGAUGCAAAAUGCGCUGCGGGUGGUACUGGAUGUGUACUUUCCUUCUCGUCGGGAUGGCGAACAGCAUCGAUUCAGCUGCCCCUCGCUCUUUGACGCUGAGCGGCUGUGGAAGCCCAUCUUUGAGGAAUCUGAGACUACAGGGAACAAGAAGCCGAGAGCGAGGACCGCCGAUCUUAUUCUAGCCAUUGGGUGUCAGAGAGGUGUGAGGAGGGAGUUGUUCUCAGCGCUCACUGGACAGGUUGAGAAACUGGGCUCGAGGUCGAAUGGAAUGUCUCGCAGUGGCCGUCUGGAUAUCAGAUACUUGAUAGCCAACGCCAUGCAUUCCAUCACCACACAACACCUGAUCGACCCAGCACACCACAAAAUCUUGGAUCAUCCCUAUCUCCUCGCCUGUCUCCUGGUUCCUCAACUGGAGACGUAUCUGGCGAGCAACACCAUGACCCGCUUUCUCCUCCUCGAAUAUCCAGCAGAGCACCUCGCCACCGUCCUUGCGCUACAGGAGCUUAUCGGCUCAGACAUGCUCAAGGUGGCAGGUAUCAUCGACGCCGAGGCCUCGUCCCCGUCCAGUGAAGAGAUUCCCUCCUCCUUUUCUUCUUCCCCCUCCCCUUCUCUAUUUCCGCUGCGCGCUGCCCACAUCUCAUCCAGAUCCGCAUCCUCGUCCAAUGCCUCCUCAGAAGACUCCACACCGACCAUAGAAAAAACCCUGAACGCACUCCUGCUCCCAGGGUCUCCUUUCAUCCCCGACUUCCGAGUAGGAGCAGCAGCAGUAUCAUCAUCAUCACAGCCAAUGUCCCCCUUCCCAGUGCCCAGAAACCGCCAGUCCUUCUCCCGGGCAGACUACCUCCUGCCCUCCACCGCCACAGAGGCCGAGAUCGCCUCCUUCAUCUCGGCCAUCCUGAAGGCCCUUGUCGAGAUUGAUUCCUUCUAUAUGCCCGACAUGUCACGGUCUGCUUCUGCUUCUGCUGCUGCUGCUGCUGCUGCUGCUUAUGGUACCAGACCAGCUGCAGUCGGGAUGGUGGGCAGAGGCGCACGACCGCUGCCGAGUGUGGUGAGCAGGUUCACGGCCGCGCCCGUGUCGCCGCCGCUCUCUCCCAGCAGCGACGUCGUUGUUGGCCGCAGGUCACCAUCUGCUCUCCUGUCAUCGCCACCCGCCCCUCCCGUCCCACCAAUUCCGCCCUUCCUGGCGAAGAGGGACAGCUCGCCCUCGCGCGGCAGCAUCCGCUCGGCACGAAGCCGCUUGGGCGUGCUUGGGCUGGGCCACAUCGCGACACCGGGGCCGCGGUCCCUCACUAAUGGCGGCGACGAAGGUCAUGGGAUGGCUGGGGGGCCGCCGAGCCUGUACGCCGUCAGUAUGGCGACGGAGACGGAAGAGAGGGAGGGGGAGUUUUAUGAUGACGAGGAGAGGCGGCUGAUGCCCAUGUAUAUGCGUACUAGCGAGCUGCGCAAGGGGAAUAGCAGGAAGGCGAUGAAGUGGCUUGGGUUGACGUAG